GCAGCCGAUGUGCACUGUGGCUUGCCCGCAGCAACGAAACGAUAAAACGGUUGAACAAGGUAGAAUGAGAAAGCGUCAACUUUCACAUUUUCCCCAGCUCUUUUUGCGAGUGAUGCUAUGGCUGUCGAAGCUGUUCACUGCAACCUGAGCCAGAAUGGCAUCGACCACCAGAUGUACCCAGAAGACGUUGAAUCGCAGCUGGAUGAAGAAGAGGAGUGUGUCGAUGGCCCACUGGCGCUGCUGGAUGACGACAGUCCGAGCUACCAUGACAUAAGCCCGUCCGUUUUUCAGCAUCGUUUGCCACCACAUCGCUCCGUGUCCGAGUCUGAACUCACACGGCCAGGAUAUGUGAAGCUGUCCAAACCAGUGGCACUGUGGACCCAACAGGACGUUUGUAAAUGGCUGAAGAAACACUGUCCGAAUCAACAUCAGAUCUACAGCGACUCCUUCAAACAACAUGACAUCACAGGGCGGGCUCUGAUGAGACUGACAGACUGGAAGCUGGAGAGAAUGGGCAUCAUCCAGGAAGCAGAGAGGCAGAACAUCCUGCAGCAGGCCCUGCAACUCCGCGUCCGCGAGGAAGUUAGGACACUUCAACUUCUCACGCAAGGCUCCCUGGAAUGCGCCCCAUCUUCACCAUAAGCCGAUGGAGCCGUCACAGAAGUGACCACCACCUUGAUAGCCUACAACCAGACCACCAGUAUCUGAUCCCCGGUCCUCUUCCCAGACUUCGUACAGCUUUCCAUGUCAUCUCAUCUGUGGGAAGAUUGGAAACAAUCCCAUGAAGAAUGCAAGCCACUCCUGAAAAUCCUCCCACAAGUACCAAACUGAUUUUUCUUCGCAGUCCAAACAAUCCUGCCAGAAUUCUGCAAUCUGACCAAAGGUUUCCAUUACAUAAAUCAAAUCUCAAAUCAUUACAUUGCCAGGCAGUUUUAAGAAAUCACCUGAAAUUCCUUGUCCCCAACAUUGUCUGCAAAACAAUGAGAAAUCAUUAAAAGACAGAUGUUUUCUGCAGUGUUGCAUCCCCUAUAAUAACAUGGUACUUUAUGUAUUGUGGCUGGCUAUAACUCAUCCAAAAAGGCUAUUUUACCCUUACAGUAACACCUUUGAGCCACUCCUUAAAACUCUCACUCACACUUCACUGUAGCACUUGAAGGUUUAUGGUCCCUCAUGGGAUGGUGGUCCUAAUCCAAUUUAGGACUUUUGUGCAAUGGCAAGACAAUUACUGUACAUAAAUCUUCAAUUAUUCCUCACAUUGUUUCCUAAUAACCACAAAAGAGAGAGAAACUUUACACAACCUUGUCCGUGUGUCGUGCACUCUCCAUUGUCCCUCUAUCUGCACAUCGAGUAGAUGCUGUCAUGUAAACAAUGUUUGACAAUGCCUGAUGUCCAUCGUGCGGUCUUCAUUUUCUGAACUCAAAGAUGGAGACCAUUCUUAAAAAAAAAAAAAAAAAUUCAAAAAAGGCACUCCAUGAUGCUGGUUGACUUCCAAGUUGCUAUAAGUUCAAAACCAUUUUUCCAUAACAUAUAUUGUAAAGUGCAAUCAUUUGUUCCAAACUGAAACUGUUUCCAUCAUAACCAUGUUACUAAGUGUACAGAAAAUAUUUUACGUAACAUUGUAAUUUGCAACAAAUAAUAUGCCUAACUGCCAUAAAAGUAAAUGAAGAGAUGUUAACCACUGAACCCAAGAGCAGGCAGAGGCUGAUGUAAAAUGAUGAACAGUUUAUUGAGCAAAGGUUAUGGAGGUGGUCCUGGAUGUGUUGACAGGCGGCGGCCUUGACAGGUGGCAGGCAGUGGACAGAACAGGGGGCUGGCAGGAAUGACGUGGGUCAGGAACACUGAGAACGAGGAGACACAAGAGUUCACAGGAGAACGAGGAGUUGAGUAGCUUACAUGAGUACGGUGGGCCGUGGUACCGCUAGGAGAGGCUGCAAUACUUUGGCGAGGAUUUCCGGGAACAGGCAGGCAUAAAUGUAGGUGGCGAUGAGAGUUGAUUGAAGACAGGUGCGUGGCUUGAGGAGAAGCUGAAACAGAGGUGAGGGGAGAGAGAGGACGAGAGGGCGCAAAGCGCCAUCUAGGCUCCAAAACGGUACUCCAGGGCAGUACAUGACACACACUAUAAUAAAACUAAAAUGAAGUAAAAAUAAAACUACUUUCCAUUUCAAGACUCCUUAUAGACAUGUAAUGGACAAAGAUACAGUAUUGUCAUCUCUUUGUUUCAAGGUAAUAUGCACACAGCAACUAAUUGAGACAUGGUGUCUAUUAGAUACUGUACAGGGCAACAAUUAUUGGAAAUGUGGUACAUACGUGCAAUUUUUUUAGUCAUAUGCGCUGUUGUUGUGCAUACUUUAUACCCUAUGUAGUGUUCUUUCACAAAAUGACAUUCCCACAGGUCUGCCAUGCAUAUUAUAUCGUUUUCAGCCAAUAGGGAUAGCGACAACAACGCUGUCAUCUUAACGUGAAAAGUUUAAAAAACAUAAAAAAUAAGCAUUCUUCCCCCCAUACCGUGUUGUUGUUGUCUAAAUCUACCCUUAGUGGGAAAAUAGACACAGAACAAAACAAAUCAGUAGGGACGUUUAAGAUGAACACUUGUCAUUGUGAAAAGAAACAUGAAGUAGAUGAAACAGAAACGUGGGGGGGGGGAAGCAGCACGGACCAUGAGAAGGAAACUCCCGAGGUGUCCCCAAAAUCCUUGUCCAAGUGGGUAAACAACUCUGGCAACUAACAACAAGUUAUGACUUAAACCGAACUGAGGGACGCUCCGACUUAAAAAUCUUUGCCGUUAACGAGGAGCGAGCAAGGCAACAACAUCACAGAUAUCCCUUUUUUUUCUUGACACUUCUCUGUAUGACACUGCUUUAUUUAUUGUUUUGUCAUCUUCUCUCUCCAAACUAUUUUUAGGUAAGCUAUAUUGAAAAUAGCAAGGAUGGGAAACAAGCUGUGACAGCUGUGUCUGUCAUUGAAAUGUCUGUCAUAUUUAUAUGAAGAGAAUCUUUGUUACAUCUGUUACAUCAUGAUGGCCACUCACUGUUAAGAUUAUUUAUCGUUACUAACCCUAAAAGCACACGCCUGUCAUGAAACCAGUCAGCUGUGUCUUCUCUGUGCGUGAGUGUACAUUCAUUAUAUGUAGCAAACAGUGUAACAACCUCUAAAGAGCAAAUAUUGAUGUACUGGAAUGAUGUGUGUGUGUGUGUGUGUGUGUGCGCGUGUAUAUAUAUAUAUAUAUAUAUAUAUAUAUGAAUAUGACAGCCAACAAAGCCUAUGUGUAUAGUUAACAUUUCCUCCUCUCUCUCAGAGCUGUCAAUCGAAAAAAGGGCUAUGGUUGAAAAGUGGGGGGGGGGGAAAUUGCAGCCCAUGAGAGCAAUUGCAUUGUAAUGGGAUUCCAUUUGUGGACAGGUUCCUCUGUGUCCGGUCAUUCAUUGUUGGGAUAUAGCAGCAGCAGACUAAAACAGCAAAGACCUGCUCGCUGAUUGAAUAGUAUUGAUCAGGCCUCCAGGACAUACAGUCCUCGAGGAUUACGAAAGCCUCAAGGUAUGCGUGCGUGUGUUUCUGUCACACAGCAGUGGAUGGAUUUGUUUAGGCUAAAACACAAGUGGCUAUUUCAUGGUUGUUCGGGUGGUCUUAGAAAACAUUUCCCUCAUCUGAGCAGGCUUCAUCAGUUCCUGCACAUAAGUUGGAUAGGACAGCUCUUUCCUGCACUGUCGUUUUGCAUACCAAAAAGAGUGAUAACAUUCGUGGUUGAGGCGUGCCUCUAACUUAGGGGAUAAAUAGUUGAGUUUCUACACCAACACUCAGGCUAGAGCUGAUGAAGCCUGUUCGGAUGAGAGGUGAAACUGUCUUCGAAGACAACAAGAAUAGUUCAGUUGUGAUCGAUUCAAUACCCUGAGAAUGAAAUGACCUGGAUGAAUUAGAAUAUUCACACGCUAUUUCAUGGUUGGACAGAGAUGUCGGUUUUUUUUGUCAAUGCAGCAUGAGGAAGGAGAGGGCUGACAAUUUUAUUACAUUUGGUAUUCUGACAUUGUUUGAUUUGAAAUAGGAUCAUGUUGAAACUUGUUUGCAUUGAAGUUGCAUUUUCCAUUAAAGGAAAUGUGGUUUCAUACAUGCAAAGGACCGCUUGCUGGAGUCUGGCUCUAUACUAACUGAUAAUGAUGCUACCAUUCAACAAAUACAUCAAAACAUCCUUUAAUUAACAGGACAAAAUCAUUUUUUGACUUUUAUUAAAGGAAAUAUCUCGAUGACAAGACGAAACGUUAGAGGGGGCAUAUUAUGUAUUAUAUGUGGGUCAUUUUGUCCCAUGUGCACAUGUUCCCAUCGACUUAAGUCUGUCAUGUUCCUGCAAGCGAUGCACUCUAAAAUGUAUGCAGAGGUGAUCCUGAGGAAGUGCCACCCGAAGAUGUACCUGAUAAGGAAGCUGAGCUCCACGAAGUCUGGUGCCAAUCCCAUUUUUUGAGGGGGGCCUGAGUGGCAUUUUACAGUCCUCUAUCCAUUUUUCCAUAGUGUUUGUUCUCAUUAGGAUGAUGGUUCACUCGCCAAUCCAACAACCAUUCAUUCUCGCAUCCACACCUACGGACAAUUUAGAGUGGAGAGGAAGCUUGAGUACCCUGAGAAAAUCUACGCGAGCACAAAGAGAUCAUGCAAACCAUCCACACAGGAUAGCCGGAGCCGAGGUGCGAUCCCGAAACACAGAACUGUGAUGCAGACGUGGGAACCACUAUGUCAAUUUUCUGCCGCCAUUUUUGAUGUUCAGCAUAACAGUCAAGCCAUACAGUGUGCUUGGACUACAACAGACGCAGAAUUAAUUUUCAUGUUUUACUCAUCCGUAUCCUGGACUGAAGCACUGAAAUGACGCAGGGUUGCUGCCAGUAAAAUAUUGAUUAGUAACAGUGACUCUCCAGCGUGUGCAUUGUUCAAAGUGCAAAGAAUUGGCAGGACGGGAACUUUGCAAUGUGGAUUUGGCUCUGAUAGCUCAUCAGCUUCGUGAUCUGGAAACUGCUGACAACUGGCGCAAACUGGCUAAGCCCACGGUGUCGCAGCACCUGAGAGGUGUUUGGCAUGAGUGCUAAUAGUAGUGUUACACAAGGGAGAGCCGCCACACUCAACCUUGCACAACACUGUUGCAUGGAAACGAUAACUCAUGCAACGCACACUCAGAAUACACAAGAGUGACAGUGCGCAUGGACACUGAGGCGGCAAAAGGUUCAAAUUCAGAUUCAGAUGACUUUUUAGUCUCAGAAGAGAAAUUCAAUUUUACAAUCAACACAUCCGUAGUACAACAGUAACAACAACAAGGAAAUAGAUAUAUGUACAUACACAUAGGCACACAAACACAGUAAUUUCUCAUGGCAUCACAACAACGACCACAACCCGUGACCGUACAGCUGAACGACAUGCAGAUUGAAUGAUGGCUUCUCAAUGUGUUUUUUAUUUUGUGCUUUUAUCAACCUUAUUGCAGAAUGGAUAAAAAAAGAGUUAUCAUAGUCAUGUAUAAACAAUUGCAUAUGCAAACGAUCUAAGAGGACAAGCAAAUCAAACUAUUUGAUCUGCUAUUUUUAAGGUGCAUAAAGAUAACUAAUGUAAUUAUUGUAACUGCAUCUUUUUGCACAAUUGUCAAAAAAAGAAAAUUGUACCGGUAUUACCAGAUUACUAGCAACCUUUUAUUGCUCAGCGACUGUUUUUCUCAAUGUCUUUAUGUGUCAAAGGUGUUCUGUCAAUUGACUGUCUGUUGUCGUACUAGAGUAGUUCCAACUACCGGAGACAAAUUUCUUGUGUGUUUUUUGGACAUACUUGGAAAAAUAAAGAUGAUUCUG